AUGAAGUACAAAAUAGUUACCAGUAUUUUUUUACUAAGUCUAUUGGUAUCAAGUGAGGCCCUAAGGAUUCUAGUAUGUUAUCCUAUGACCUCCAAGAGCCACAGCAUUCUAGGCCAUGGCAUCGUCAAUCGACUGCUGGAAGCUGGACAUGAGGUAGUUCAUAUAACAUCGUUUCCUAAUGGCAAAGUGCUACCAAAUCUCACUGAAGUCAAUGUAUCAUCUAUAGCUGAAGUAUUUACGAAGGAUGUUGAUGGAGUGGAACAAUUCAAACUGAAAAACUUAAUUGGAAAAGGCAACUUUGGGGACUCCGCCCUAUUCAUGUAUUACGUCUAUAUAAUACAUAGAAACUUUUUGGAGGAGCCCAGUGUAGUCAAGUUGUUCAGUGACCCUAAAGAGAAGUUUGAUGCUGUUGUCCUGGAGUGGUUCUUCACUGAGAUGAAUGCUGGCAUUCCAGCACUUUUCAACUGCCCUCUUAUCUGGGUUUGUUCGACGGAACCUCAUUGGCAAUCAAUGAGAGUGAUGGACGGGAUCACCAACCCAGCUUACACUCUAGACAUAUUUACCCACAACAAGCUGCCUUUGAACUUCUGGCAACGAGCUGAAGGACUGUGGAAGGUUGUGAAAAAAGCUGUUCAGGUGCUGACUCUCAACCAGUUUGAAAAAUGGUCUUACUAUUCCAUAUACCCUGAGAUCGCAGCCAAACGAGGUGUGACAAUGCCUUCAUAUGAGGAGGCGGUAUACAAUGGAUCCUUCAUGCUGAUUAACGCUCAUCCUUCCAUUGGAGGAGCCAUAAAAUUGCCUCAAAACUCUGCGAAUAUUGCUGGUUACCACAUUGACAAAGUCAAACCUUUGCCGAAGGAUCUCCAGAAAAUAAUGGAUGAAGCGAAAAACGGCGUCAUUUACUUCAGCAUGGGAUCUAUCGUCCAAAGUGAUGGCAUGUCUGAACAGAUGCAGAAGUCUAUUCUGAACAUGUUCAGUAAAUAUAAACAGACGGUUAUUUGGAAAUUCGAGAGUGACAUGAAGGAUAACAUACCUUCAAACGUUCAUCUUGUUAAAUGGGCUCCACAGCAAAGCAUAUUAGCUCAUCCGAACCUCAAACUGUUCAUCACCCAUGGUGGUCAGCUCUCCACAUCAGAAGCCAUACAUUACGGAAUACCCUUAGUUGGUAUCCCUGUGAUGGCAGACCAGGUCCUCAACAUGAUCUCCGUGGAGAACAAGGGUUUUGGAAUCAAGGUCACCCUAUCUGAAGAUAUGAUACCAGAACUUGAUGCAGCUAUCAAAAAAGUACUGACUGAUGACGCAUAUAGAAAAAAAGCCAAAGAAAUAUCAGCUCUGUUCCAUGAUCGUGUGAUGACACCAGGCGCAGCAGUCCCAUAUUGGAUAGAAUACGUUGUGCGGACACGUGGUGCACCCCAUCUCCGAUCACCUGCACUCGAUGUCCCACUUUAUCAAAAGCUUUACUUAGAUCUAGCAGCAUUCAUAGCUGUAGUUGUAAUUGUACUCAAAAAGGUUGUGAAAUAUUUAAUGAAAAAGAGAAGUAAUAAAAAAGAGAAGAGUCAAUAA